UGACGAACUAAGGAUACAUCAUAGUUCAUACUUCAUAAUUCAUGUUAUGGUACCUACCUAAGUCUUAAAAAACUGGAAAUUGGAAAAAGGACCUAAAAGUGUGUUAAAGAUUUCCUUCUGUUAUGCUGUGAUUAUUUUGAUAAGUGCUAAGUUCUAAAUUCAUACUGAAGUGCGCAAACAAAUUAAAUAGUAUGUCCGGAAGUAGGUGUAUUAUUAACUCGAACAAUCUUUUCGAAGAUGACGAUGUCGACGACGCAACCUUUGUUAAAAGUUAUAGACAAAGAUUCCCACCACCACAACCGAAACCCUCUCAAUCGCCAUACAUAGCGGAAUUGGAAAGGCAAAGACAACUUACGUUAGAGAAACAAAAGGAGAUUGAACAGCGUACACUCGAUUCCUCGGUACGAAGUAUAGGUUUAUUGCGUGAGUCAGAGCAAAUUGGUAUUGCAACUGCAGAGGAAUUGGCCCGUCAACGAGAACAACUUGAGAAUACCAACAAACGGCUAGAUGAUAUUAACACGAACUUAACAUAUAGUCAAAAGCACCUUAAUGGUAUCAAAUCAGUUUUUUACGGAUUCAAGAAUUACCUUUCAGGUAAAUCUGACCAGACACCAACUAAAAGUCAGGUUUCUCCAAGUUCAAGCAGUUCUAAAGUAGGUACAAGUAGCAGAUUUGAUGAUACUAUGACUUCUAUGAGUGUUAGUGGUAGUAACAAUUUUAGCAGCCACCCCAGCACUCGAUUACGAGAACUUGACUUACAAACCACAGCUGAACCAAUACCUGACUCUCAACGUAUAAAUAAAAUAUUGGAUGAGAAUUUAGAUGAAAUGGUUUCCCAUAUAUCAAGACUUAAAGGCCUAGGAAUGGCUCUUGGAGAAGAAAUAACACAGCAAAAUGAGCUUAUUGAUAAAAUUCAUGACAAAGCUGACGAUGCAGACAUAAAGAUCGGUCAGCAAAACAAGCAAAUGAAUAAGCUAUUAGGGAAAUGAUAAAAGCUAUGUUAUUGGUUAAUCACAAUGUGUCUUCUGCCAAUACUAUGGGUGGUACAAAUCACCUGCAGGACUAAUGGACAUGGGGGUUGUAAGGUGCUAGAGUGGUGGCACUUCAUAAGAAAGUAGUGUGGAUAGAUAUUUGUACAAUGGAAUUGGCAUCUUUAUAUUAUGUUGGAUAAUUGUGUAUUAUUACUUUGUUAAACUAAUAUAUCAGUAGGUAUAAUAGUCAACAAAUCCAAUAACCAACUAUUUUAGUGGGACUGGGUAAUCUUUAAAUUAAUGAUACUGAUUGCUUAUCAAAAAUUUAACUUUAGGUUCAUACCUACCUACUAUUCCUAUUAUAAUAUUCGAUAAUAUCCUAAUUUGUAAAUUCUAUAAUUAAAGUAUGAAAAUAUGUUUACUUUUUCUGUAUUUUUGCAUAGUUAUCUUUUUAUAAUUAGUUAUUAAAUUGUAUAUAGAGAUCUGCUGGGUUUGGGUUUAUUACUUACAUUCCAUUUCUAGUUGGAUAAAUUUACCCUGUAUCCUAAUUUUAAAGAUUAUUACUAUUGUAUAAAAUUAUUUAAUGUAACAUUUUUUUAUUCAUGUCUUCUUGCUUUUAAAACAUGAUUUACCAAACUAAUUUCAGCAUUAUGCUUCAGAUUUGCUUAUAUAGCUUAAAGUUUAAAUAACUCCUGUGCCAAUUUUUUGUGCACAAACCUCUUACAAAAUCAACCAGUCUAAAAAUAUUUCUAUCCUUUUCUACAAAUAACAAAAUGGGAAAUUUGUUCACAUCAAAAUUGGCACCACUAACUUUUUAUAGUGAUGACACACUAUUGCCAUGGAUACAUGUUGCAAUCCAAUUUAUGGUUGGAAAAGAUAUCUUAAAUCCUAUUAGGCCUCUUCCACCAGAGCAUAGAGAUGCUUUACUGUAGUGAUGUAUUCUCUCUGCUUUUGAAGAAACACACCCUUGAAUUAAUGCAUUGUAUUUUUACAGCUUGUUUAUAAAAUUAGUAUGAGCAAGGCAAUCAUUUUGAUGCUCCUCCUGAAAUGUUGUCAGUUGAAUAAUUUAAUUGCCCUAAAACACAUCAAAACAAUUGGUUAAUUUAAUUAAUAGCAAUAAAACAAUGAAAGUUU